AUGAGGAUGCUAUCUUGGAACUGUCGGGGCCUUGCAAAGGACUCGAUAGUUCAAGCCCUCCGGGGCUGGGUGAGAAGAUAUAGGUCAGAGUGUAUCUUUCUCAUGGAGACCAAAGUUCAAAAGGAUCGAAUGGUGGAGGUGGCUAGAAGUCUUGGUUUUACAGGGUAUGCGUGUAUCCCUGCUAUUGGUAUUGCAGGUGGCUUUUGUUUUUUAUGGAAUAGGGACAUUAAUCUUCAAGUUAAGUGGGUUGGAGAUGAUAUUUUCCAAGCUAUAGUUCAUGAUCACCAAUCCUUGAGUCCCUGGAAUAUUUUUGCAGCUUAUGGAACCCCAUAUAGUCAUCUAAAAGAGGAAUUCUGGGGUAAUCUUGAUGUUAUCAUUAAAAGUUGUGAUGAACCCUGGGUUCUCAUUGGUGAUCUAAAUUGCAUCAGUGAUCCGAUGGAGAAAUUGGGGGGCCGCAGGACAAGAGGCACAGACUAUAGAUGGCUUAAUGAAUUUUUAUUUUCUAAUGGAGGCAUUGACUUGAGAUAUAAAGGAGGCAAUUUUACUUGGCACAACAACAGAUUCUCUGGAGGUCUAGUCAGAGAAAGGCUCGAUUGGGCUAUUGGUUCGCCUGAAUGGGUGGUGACUUUUCCGGAUGCAGGAGUUCUCAAUUUCCCAAUCACGGUUUCUGAUCAUGCGCCUAUUCUACUCGACACUGUUAUGUACAGAAAGAAAGAAUUCAUCCCUUUCAGAUUCUAUGAAGCUUGGACCUCUCAUAAAUCUUGUGAAGAAGUGGUGAAUCGAGUUUGGCAUCAUUCCGACCCUGGAGUCACUCACUUAAUACGUAAUGUGGAUAAUACCAAAAGAAGUUUGCAAGCUUGGAAAAAUAAUGCUUUAGAAGAUUGUGAGGAGUCAAUUCGGAAACUGGAAAGUAAAUUAAGGUGGCUUCAGAAUCAAGACAUAAACGAUCUCAGAUGCAAGGAAGAAGCUGAAACUCAUGAGCUUCUUAAAAUAGCCUGGAGCCAACAAGAGAGUCAAUGGUGCCAACGAUCUAGAGAAAUUUGGCUGAAACUUGGAGAUAGAAGUUCUCCUAACAACUUAUUGUCGUGUACUCCAUCCCUGGAAGAGAUUAAGCAGACAGUUUUUGGAUUUCAUCCACUGAAGGCCCCUGGACCCGAUGGGUUCUCAGGGGUUUUUUUCCAGCAUUAUUGGGAGCAAGUGGGAAAUAGUGUGUGCUUUGGGAUUCAAGAGAUAUUCAAUACUGGAUCGCUGCCAAAAUCAUAUCUAAUCGUCUCAGACCUUUCAUGGAAGAGCUCAUUUCGCCGGUUCAGUCAGCCUUCAUCCCGGGAAGGUGGAUUGCAGAAUCCUCCAUCCUUACACAAGAAAUCAUCCACAAAAUCUGACACAAGACUGGCAGGGGGUUUGAUGGCGAUGAAAUUAGAUAUGCACAAGGCAUAUGACAAGAUGGAAUGGUCUUUCAUAAAGAGAGUUCUUGAGGCAAAUGGUUUUGAUGAGAAAUGUUGUAGGUUAAUCUUGAGUUGCAUAUGUGGAGUCUCCUACUCUGUUCUCCUCAACGGAAGUCCGCUUAAAAAGUUCUCUCCUCAACGUGGUCUCCGUCAAGGCGAUCCAUUGUCCCCAUUUAUUUUCCUUCUAUGUCAAGAAGUUCUUUCAAAGAUUCUUCUUAGGGAGGAAAACAGAGGAAAGAUUCAUGGGAUCAAGAUCUCAAGGAAUGCCCCCCCGAUAACUCAUUUGAUGUUUGCUGACGAUACCAUUCUCUUCUGUCGAGCAAAUGAAGGAGAGGCUAAGGAAAUGUUAAACUAUCUGGCCAGGUACGAAUCUUGGUCUGGCCAAGUAUGCAGCAAACCAAAAUCUAAUGUUCUUUUCUCCAGGAACUUACACAGCCACAAGAAAGAAGCCAUCCUAAAUUGCUUAGAUAUCAAUCAAGCUAGUGGGGAUGAAAGAUAUUUGGGAAAUCCUUUCAUUUUUAAAAGAAGAAGAAAAGAUGAUUAUUCAAGGUUGAAAGAGAGUCUCAUGCGAAGAUUAGAAGGAUGGAAGACAAAAUUUCUCUCAUACUCGGGUAGACUGGUUUUGAUCAAGUCCAUUGCUGCUUCAAUUCCUAUUUAUUCGAUGUCGACAUCCAGGGUCCCUGUGACAACGUGCAGAGAAAUGGAUUCGAUGGUCAGAAAGUUUUGGUGGUGUGGGAAUAAGGAGAAGGAUCGAUUUAUGGCGCUUAAGUCUUGGGAUCAAAUUUGUCAACCAAAGGAGAGUGGGGGCCUUGGCCUGCAGAGAUUUGAAGACAUAAAUAAUGCCCUUCUGUCCAAGCUGUCAUGGGGUAUUGCAACUCAGGAAAAUAAGCUUUGGGUUGAGUGUCUCAUGAAGAAGUACUGUGGGUCUCAAAACUUUUGGACAGUUCAAUCAAAGGACUGUGAUUCGGCCAUUUGGAAAAGUAUUGUCCAGGCAAGAAGUACGAUAUUGAAAGGAGUUACUACACUUUUGGGAACUGGGUGUUCUGUGGAUUUUUGGCACCUUCCUUGGAUUCCCUGGUUAAAUUAUAAUGAAUUUAAAGAUCUGAUGAGGAGCAUUAAAGGGAAGGGGUAUACUGCAAAAAAAGUGGCAGAUGUAUCUGAAGGUAGUGAGUAG